CCUUUCUGGAGAUGCCAGUCCCAAAGCAGCCAGCUGCACUGGUGUGUGGAUUCCUGUGGGCUGGUAGGGAGCUCCUCAGCUGCAAGCACUUUCUUGCGCCCCUGCCUCUGCAAACUUUGAAAGCUCUGUGUAGAUUUGGAAGUGAGAGGAAAUCCCUUCAAUUUUGCAUUCUGGGUUACUUGCGAUCUUAGAUGUUUACAUUACCGAAGGUUUACAGAGAGAAUAAAAGACCGAGUGCUCACGAGACUAAAUUCAGGAAAGCCCUUCUGGAUACAAGACAAAGGCGGAGUGUAAAGUGAAAAUAAAAGUCGGCUGAGUGAGAGAGGUCAUUUGAUUUGACUCUGCACUCAAGGCUGCUCCUCUCUGCCCACUGCAACAGGUCGGAGCCAUGGCUUUGGAACACAGCCAGUCAAAUGAUUACUAUUACGAGGAGAAUGAAAUGAACGGCACGCAUGACUACAGCCAAUAUGAAGUGAUCUGCAUAAAAGAAGAGGUGAGAGACUUUGCCAAAGUCUUCCUGCCUGUCUUCUUCACCAUCGCUUUUGUCAUCGGAUUGGCAGGCAACUCUGUUGUGGUGGCCAUCUAUGCCUUUUACAAGAAGCAGAAAACCAAAACUGACGUGUACAUCUUGAAUUUGGCUGUGGCUGACUUACUCCUCCUGUUCACUCUGCCCUUCUGGGCGGUGAACGCUGUUCACGGGUGGGUGCUAGGGAAAAUCAUGUGCAAGGUCACUUCGGCACUGUACACGGUCAACUUUGUCUCUGGCAUGCAGUUUCUAGCCUGCAUCAGCAUAGACAGAUACCUGGCAGUAACCAAAGCCAUGAGCCACUCGGGGGUGGGUAGGCCUUGCCGGCUCAUCUGUUGCUGCGUCUGGAUGGCUGCCAUCUUGCUAAGUAUACCUCAGCUGGUGUUUUACACAGUGAAUCACAAUGCCAGGUGCGUCCCCGUCUUCCCAUACUACCUGGGGACAUCCAUGAAAGCAUCCAUCCAGAUGCUGGAAAUCUGCAUUGGCUUUGCAGUGCCCUUCCUCAUCAUGGGGGUGUGUUACUCUAUCACGGCCAGGAUGCUCAUCAAGACCCCCAACAUCAAAAAGUCUCAGCCUCUCAGAGUCCUGCUUGCUGUGGUCAUUGUGUUUAUUGUCACCCAGCUGCCUUACAACAUCGUCAAGUUCUGCCAGGCCAUUGACAUUAUCUACUCCCUGAUCACCAACUGUGAUAUGAGCAAACGCAUGGAUGUGGCUAUUCAAGUCACAGAGAGCGUGGCGCUCUCCCACAGCUGCCUCAACCCCAUCCUCUAUGUGUUUAUGGGUGCCUCUUUCAAACACUACAUUAUGAAGGUCGCCAAGAAAUACGGAGCUUGGAGACGACAGAGACAAAACACAGAAGAGAUCCCUUUCGAUUCCGAAGAGCCUACAGAACCAACCAGUACUUUCAGCAUUUAAAUGUCAUACUGCUUUAAAUGUCCCUUGCUUGGAUGCACCUGAGUGAUGCUUCUCCUGCAAAUCAAACAUCUGCGUUAUUCUGAAACUCAUGUCUCAAAUACUGUGGUUGCAACUUGUAUAACAAGGGGCAGAGGGAGUAUAGACACAAAGAGGAAAUAAAUGCACAGAAGGUGAAAAUUAAAAUGAAUGACAUAGGAAAACAGUAAAAGGCAUGAAUAAAGAUGCUAUGCUUAAAUUAGGUCUGAUUUAAAUCUAAAGCAGAGUAGUAAAAAGGUUUUCAUAGUGGGACAUUUAUAAUUAUUUUAAUUAUAUAAAUCUUAAUAUGGAAAUCAUCGCCCUGAAUCAUCUAAUACUUCAAUUACUAUGUAUCAAGUUUAAUCUACCUUCCUCCUCAUCCUCCCAUUUCCCAAUGUGUAAGUAGUUUCAUACGAACCCAGGAGAAAUUAUUAUUCAACAAAAAUACAUGAAGCAUUUUACUGGUCUUUUUAAUACAUUCCAGGUAAGCUUCUAAAUGCAUCAUUUGCUUCUAUGGAGUUAACUUUUCUUUAAUAAUAGACUGAUUACCAUGAUGAAUGUUAGAUUUGUCAUAUACAUGCUAACAACAAUCCUAAAUCAAGUUUACCUGUCCCAACUUUCACAACUUCCUAAAAGCUUCAUUCAUUUGCAGCACUAUUAUUGAGGGUUGAGUAAACAAAAAACAGUGUU